GGUUCCCUGCUCAUGUUGUUGUUUACAUUGGUGCCAGCACACUUUAGCGCCAAAGCUGAUACGUUAAAGGUUCCCCAUUGUUUACUUGGUAUUACCAAACUUUACCGUUAAAAAUUGUGAAGUUGAUUGUAAUUACAGCAGCUGCAGCCACCAAGCACACAUGAUGUCCUCGAGACCAGACCAAGGCAGCUCGUACACCCCGGUCCAGCGUCAGGCCAUCAAUGGUCACCAUGACGACAGUGUCCAGCUGAUCUCCUACACCCCAAACAAGCCCACUGCAGCUGAACGACGCAAUGGAAACACUGGCAGGCAGUCUGAUCAAGGAAGCCCAGAGGAGAAGGAGCGAUUCAUCUCUGCCAACACUACACCUGUCAAGCUGGAUCCAGGGCUGGACUCCCUGGAUUACAGGGACAGAGAUCUGUCCAUCAACGAGAAGCAGAAGCCCUCGGAGUCACCAAUAGAUAGGUACAAGAUGGUACACAUCAUAUUCCUGAUACAUGGGGUAGGCAUUCUCAUGCCCUGGAACAUGUUCAUCACUGCAAAGGGGUACUUUGAGAACUACAAGUUGAACACCCCUAUCAGCGAGAAAGCAGUAUACCGGUCUGAGUUCAUGUUCUACCUUGGCAUUGUGUCCCAGGUCUCCAAUGCUGUUAUCUCCUGUAUCAACACCUUCUUCCAGUUUGGAGGGCAGGCGUCCACACGCAGGAUCGCCAUCGCUCUGUUCUCCAUGGUGAUAAUCUUCAUCUUCACCGUCGUCAUGGCGAUGGUGGACACCAGUGAAAUUCCACUGACGUUCUUCAUCAUCACCAUGGUUUCAGCUUCACUGUUGAACUGUUGUGCGGGUGUCUACCAGAACAGCACUUUUGGGCUCGCUGCUAUUUUGCCGAUGAAGUACACAAACGCCAUCGUACUUGGAACUAACCUGAGUGGCAUCUUCACAUCAGUUAUCAACAUCAUCUCUAUAGCUGGGUCCCCCAAUCCACGCACGUCUGCUGUCUACUACUUCAUAGUGGCCAUUGUGGUCCUACUGGUGGCCUUUGACUGCUACUUCCUUCUGCCACUGACGAAGUUUUACCAGUAUUACUCGGGCUCUGUGAAGGCGGCGGCCCAGUCUCAUGUUCAGCAAGUGAACAUGGUUUGUGGGGACUAUGUUCGGGAGCUAAUCAAGUCUAUUAAGAUAUACGGCACAGUGUGUAAAAAGAUCUGGCUGCAGCUGUUCGGGGUGUGGUGCACAUUCUGUGUGUCCCUGAUCCUGUUCCCCUCCAUACAGAGCAACAUCCAGAUGGUACGCCAGACCAUCCCAGGGCCCAACGGCACCCAGCUCACCACCACGGUGCUCUUCUCGGAGGAGUUUGAGAAGAGUGGCUACUGGGUGUCGAUAUUCUGUUUUCUCAGCUUUAACCUGUUCGCUUUUUUGGGAAAUCUCACCUCAGAGUUCAUCAAGUGGCCUGGGCCCAAGAGAGUUUGGAUUCCGAUAGUUCUCCGUGCCCUGAUCCUCAUUCCCGUCUACCUUCUGUGCAACUACCAGCCAAUGAAGUUCCAGCGCCGGUUCCCUGUGUACAUUGAGAGCGACGUCGUGUUCAUCAUAGCAGGCAUUGUGAUGGCCUUCACUAGCGGCUACUACAGCUCCCUCACCAUGAUGUAUGGACCCAAGGAAGUCGAGCCCUCCAUGAUGGGUCGUGCUGGUAUGAUGAUGGCCUUCUUCCUCGUACUUGGUAUAACCUCGGGCGUUAAUCUGUCUCUAGUACUGACCCGUCUGGUCACGUACCCAGUGGCUGAUGGGGACAUGUGAAGACCGGAGUAAUGGAGUGAUCCCAUUGGAUUGAUCCCACUGGAGUCGUCCCAUUCUAGUGAUCCCAUUGGAGUGAUCCCACUUGUCAUUCAGGCUUGCCAGCUUGUAUGCAGUGCCCUUCCUGCCGGCCUGCUGUGUUUGUUCGAUGUAUAUUAAUCCUUUUGCCGGUGUAAUACAGCCAGUACAAGUAUUUUUAUUUAAAUCUUGUUAAAGAUAACAUUUUGAGUGUUUUUAUUGGCUACUUUAUUUUUAACUCACUUUUUGGGGGGGAAUAUGUUGUAAUCUUUCUUUGGUCCAAGUGUUUUUAUCCCCCGCCAAAGGCGGAGGAAUAAAGAAUUGGAGUUGUCUGUCAGUUCAUCCGUCAAACUGUCAGUCCAUCUAUCACAAAAUAUUAAUGGCUAUAUCUUAGAAAGUAUGUACAAGAUAUCAACAUGAAUCUUCAUGGAUGUAUAAAUAUCAAAGAGCAGGACUGGCGGGUAUAUCAAUGCAACAAAUUUGCUAGUUUAAAUUAAAUGAAUUUGGUCGUUUAAAUUGUGUGAUAAAAAACACUCAGGUUUAACAAAGGCUCGCUUGCUAACACAAAUUUAAGAAACUUUUUCAUGAAUAAACGUAUGACAUGACAACUUGUGUCAAAUACUUGAUGUGUAGUGCUUAUCCAGUAUUGUGUUAUUACUGUUACAUGGUCAUUUAUUGAUUUAUUGAGAAUUAUGUGCAUUUAAGCUUUAAUCAUGUGUUACCAACCAUUUAUUGAAAGCAUUUAUUCUUUUGUCCAGUUUGCUAUGUCAUAUUUGGUUGUCAAUAGUAUGCCCAUAGAUGAUUUGUUUUGGAAUGUUAAACAUGUUAGCAGUAUUAUUUGGGUUAACUCUUUCAGUGCUGGAACAGAAUUUUGAAGGCCUUUGCAAACAGUUUGGAUCCAGAUGAGACGCACUCAUCAGGAUCCAAACUGUUUGCUAUUCUGAUAGUAUUCUUUGGAAAAAUAAUUCGAAAAAAUAUUUUAGAAAUUCAGCUGACAACAUUUUAGCAGACGACAAAUUUCCCAGCAUGCGAAGGGUUAUGGUUUGUUUUCAACAAUAACACUUAAUUGCUAUAACAUGCACUAUAUAAUACCCUUUCUUGGUUCAUUAUCAUAUAUAUAUACUCAUUGCCCUGAUGAAAGAUUGACACAUUAAUCUCAUCUAGAAUCCAUAAUGUCAGCUUAAUUGGAUGGAAUUAUCAUCCAUUCCCAAAUAUGGGUCCAUUUAAGUUCCCUGAGAUCAUAAAGGGUUGACGGUUGGGUCUUUGCACCCAUGUUCCACUAGUCAUAAAAAUGUAUUAUAAUGUUUGGGUGGUUGGUGUAAAUUUCUCUGUACACACAUGUCUUUGGGUUAUUAUUUGAGGCGUUGUAAAAGCCACAUAAUCUUGACUGGCAAUUUUGUGUUAAAAAAGAACUAGGUCAUUUAUUCAAAUUGUAGAAAAACUGUGUUACUAUUCUAGAGGCCAUGUGUACUACCCAAUCUUGAAGAAACUGUAUCAUAAUGGUUAUCUUAACAAUAUUUAGGCCAUGUUUGAGUCUGGUUCAUGUGCAUCUGUAAAGAAUGUCAUAGGGUUUGUAAAGAAUGUAAUAGGGUUUGUAAAGAAUGUCAUAGGGUUUGUGAAGAAUGUCAUAGGGUUUGUAAAGAAUGUCAUUGGGUUUGUAAAGAAUGUCAUAGGGUUUGUAAAGAAUGUCAUAGGGUUUGAUCUUUUUAAAAAUGCUUACCUCUGUAAGGGCAACAUUUAUGACUCAAGCUUGAUGAAACUUAUAAUAUUGAUCUGUUUGUCAGGUACGUCCAAAAACUAGGUCACCUGGUCAAACUGGUAAUUUAAAAAAAACUUGUUACCACUUAAGAGGCAUAUUUGUGAGUCUAGAUUAAGCUUAGUCUUCACUUUUAUUAAUUUAUCAAGACAAUGUUGUAAUCUUGAUCAAGCCGGGUCAAAACUAGAUAAUUAGGUCAAGUCUUCAACAAUUUGCUAUCCAUAAACUUAGAUGCUCACUUUAGGGCCGUCAUGGCCCUCUAGUUUCUUUUUUUGUUGAACAUGUAUGUAUGAUGCUUAUUUUAAUACAAACUCUCUUGUUAUGAAUUGUAAAAUAGCUGAUUUUAGUGAAGAAUGCUGUUUGCCUUCUUUGAUGAUUGUUAUUGAUUAAGGUUCUUAAUAAGUUGUUCUGUUUCUGUCUUGGUUUCAAAUUUUUCUUGGGAGCACUGACUUACUUUAUUUUAUAUUUAUACAGAGUUAUAUGUUUUUAGAUACUUGAUGGCUUGAUGCAUGUAGAGAUCCAGUGUUUUCUUAAUGUGAGAGUAGUACUGCAUGCAAUAUACCCCCCCCCCCCCCCCCUGCCUUGUUAUGUUAUGAUUUUACAUUACUUGUCUGGUAUGGAGUGACAAGGAUGUCCAGUGGAUUCUAUAUAAAACCCUCGUGCAUAAUACGCAGUAUGAGGUAGGUAUUCCCCUACCAUUACCCUGCCUCGUGGAUUACUUUAGAGCACGGAAGGAGUGUACCGGUAGAUUGGUACUAAUACAUGAAUAACUGUAUUAGUUUGAACAAGUACAACUCUUGAACUUUACUGGGUUACUAUACAGAUCUUUUUUAGCUAAAAAAAUAUGAGCUUUUGUCAUCACCUUGGCGUCGGCUUCCGGCUAAGUUUUGCGUUUAGGUCCACUUUUCUCAUAGUAUCAAUGCUAUUGCAUUCAAACUUGGUACACUUACCGGUACUAACUAUCAUGAGGGGACUGGGCAGGCAAAGUUAGAUAACACUGGCAUGCAUUUUGACAGAAUUAUGCGCCCUUUUUAUACUUAGAAAAUUGAAAAUUUUGGUUAAUUUUUGUGUUUAGGUCCAUUUUAUUCCUUAAGUAUCAAAGCUAUUGCUUUCAUACUUGCAACACUUACUAACUAUCAUAAGGGGACUGUGCAGGCAAAGUUAUUUAACUCUGACUGGCAUUUUGACAGAAUUAUGUGCCCUUUUUAUACUUAGAAAAUUGAACAUUUGGUUAAGUUUUGUGCUUUGGUCCACUUUAUUCCUUAAGUAUCAAAGCUAUUGCUUUCAUACUUGCAACACUUACUAACUAUAAUAAGGGGACUGUGCAGGCAAAGUUAUGUAACUCUGACUGGCAUUUAGAUGGUAUUAUGGGCCCUUUAUACUUAGAAAAUUUGGUUAAGUUUUGUGUUUUGGUCCACUUUACCCCUAAAGUAUCAUAUAUAUUGCUUUCAUACUUGGAACACUCGCAAACUAUCAUAAGGGGACAGUAAAAGACAAGUUGUAUAACUCUGGUUGUCAUUUUUAUGGAAUUAUGGCCCUUUUUUGACUACGUAACUUUGAAUAUAUUGUUACAUUUUGUGUUUAGGUCCACUUUACUUCUAAAGUAUCGAGGCUAUUGCUUUCAAACUUUUAAUACUUUCAUGCUAUCAUGAUGGUACUGUACCUGGCAAGUUGAAUUUUACCUUGACCUUUAAAUGACUCUCAAGGUCAAAUUAUUAAAUUUUGCUAAAAUUGCAUAACUUCUUUAGUUAUGAUUAGAUUUGAUUGAUACAAUAGACUUCACCAAAACCAUCCCCCCCCCCCCGAGUCCCGCCCUCCGCCAAAAAAAAAAGUUUGUUUUUGUUUUCCUUAAAAAUCAUCUGAUAAAUGACCACACCGUUGCACUAUACCCCCCCCCAACCCUCC